CCCAGUGUGCGUUGCAUAUCCAAUGAGACUCUGGGUGGUUGUCCCACUGCAAAUAAAGGGAGAUAACGGGCUCUUAGUAGCGGCGGAAAACUUUUUAUACUGACAUGUUAGAGCAAUGACUUUUGCGUAACGGUAAAAACUGGGACUAAGCUCCCAGCAUGAUAUAGGGUUCUUACGGGAAGAGGAAUAAGGAACGAUUGCCACGGCCUGGUGGGGGUAAAGAAAGCAGUGAAUCCGUUGAAGUUCAGAAAGAGAGAAAGAGCGAGCAAGAUUUCCGAAAGUUGAGAGUAAUCCAGAAACACAGCGGCGGUGGAAGAGCUAGUGUACCCAUUUGAAAGAUGAGCUUGAUGUCUGCCAUAGACACCAGUGCCUCCGUGUACCAGCCUGCGCAGCUACUGAAUUGGGUCUAUCUCUCUUUGCAAGACACCCACCAAACUAGCGCGUUUGACGCCUUUAGACCCGAACCCAACUCGUCCCACCCGGAGUUGAACUACUGCAAGACUCCCGCCGCGGACUUGAGCUCGUCCCUCAACUCCAAUUAUCUCAACAACUUUUUUCAGCUCCAGCGGAAUGAGGCAUUGAAUAACAGGGUAUAUAAAAAUGUCUCACCAUACGACUCGCUCAACAACAUUGUUGAUGGACUCAACUCCUUGACGGACCACUUCUCCGACCUCUCCCUCUCCUCAGAGCCCCGCAAGCCCAGCAAAAGACCCCCGCCCAACUACCUAUGCCACCUCUGCUUCAACAAGGGCCACUACAUCAAAGACUGCCCCCAGGCACGGCCUAAAGGUGAGGGUCUAACUCCAUACCAGGGGAAGAAGAGGUGUUUCGGAGAGUACAAAUGUCCCAAGUGUAAGAGGAAGUGGAUGAGCGGUAACUCCUGGGCCAACAUGGGACAAGAAUGUAUCAAGUGCCAUAUCAACGUCUACCCACACAAGCAGCGUCCAUUGGAGAAGCCUGAUGGCCUGGACGUCUCAGACCAGAGUAAGGAGCACCCUCAGCACCUGUGUGAGAAAUGCAAAGUCCUGGGCUACUACUGCCGACGCGUGCAAUAACACCUUAAUAUAUACCCCCCCCUUGCUUCACUCCUCCCCACCCUCUCAUCCAUCCUCCUUCUCCUCUCCCCAUCUCCAUCACCUGUUCCUCCUCCCCCUCCAUUUCCCAUCCCCUCUGAAUUAGCCGGUAAACCUCCUUUUGGGGAGGUUUGUCACUAAACACAGUUCCUGGUCAUUAUCCCUACACCUACUGGCCCUUAAUGGUAAAGGAGUGAGAGAAACUGAUCCAAGAUCUGUACUUAGUGAUUAAAAGCCCACAAAGUGCUCUUUCUAAACAGUGAUAAAACCCCACAAAGUGCUCUUUUUAAACAGUGAAAACUUGCCUAAAUAAUUGUAUGUAAAUAUCCUCAAUCAUGACAGGGCCUUGUAGCCUUGUGUACCCCACGCAAUGUGUGUGUAUAAUGUGAUAUUGUUCUCACUGACAGUAUUGCCCUCUCUUUGGUUUCAUUACCUCACUUUGGGCUCUGUUGAUUUUGUGGUUACAGAAGAGUUUUCCCUGCCAAGUGAAGUGUGUGUGGAUGUUCUGAGUAUUAAAACAGACAGAGACAGGGCUUCUAGUGAUGGUAAUGUAACAAAGGUCCCUAAACCUUCUAUCGUCAUGGGCUCAAGUCGGGGUCAAUGUCUGGUCAAAGGUCAACCUAUACAUUAAUAACUGUGAAUGAAUUAUGAAUUGAUUAUUGAUUGAUUAACUGAGGGAUACCGCACCAUACAUCCCUGGCUUACAUGUUAUAUGUGGUGUAUUUAUUAUUUGUCGUCUGUUUGUCUGUUGUGCAAUUUUGAAUUGAUUUUAACUGGGAUAUAUACAAGUAACUGUCAAAAUCUAGGAAACACCAACAUAAAGUGUCUUAACAGGGCCAGCUUCAAUGAACUGUGGCAUAGAUUCUACAAGUGUCUGGAACUCUAUUGGAGGGAUGCGACACCAUUCUUCCAUGAUAAAUUCCAUAAUUU